UCCAGCUCUAUCGCAGCAGGCCGGGCAAAUUUGUUGGACAAGCGACAAUUCUUUCCUUUUUUCUAUCCUACGUGAGCCCCUCGAACGUGAGACUCUCGAACGGACUUGAUUCAGAACACGCAAAAGCCGCGGUUUCAAAAGCGGCAACCGGCAGGCUUCUGAAAUCGGAACGCGCCAAACGCACACGGAUAACCAUAACCAUCUCGGACACGCUCCGCCUGGGAAAUAUCAGAAAUCAGCCCACUCUGGAGCAAGCGAAUCGUGUUCGGGCGGGAACUGAAAAUCCACAUCUAGAUCCAGGCAGAAUCCCAACAAAAUCAACAACCUUGGCUGAGGCACAGGCGCCAUGAGCGUGGACACGUACGCGCCCAGCUCGGCGCUCUCGUUUUUGGACAUGGACGACAACGAGUUGCUGCCAGGAGCGGACACGCAGCCGACGCAGUACGAUUACCGCGACUUCACCAUGCCCUCCACCUCGCAGAGCCAGACGCAGGGCGACCAGCUGGAGCUACACCCGCGCCGAUCUGGUGGGGACUCGCAUCCGCGAUUGGCCAGCAUCACCAACGAUCUGGCCGACCUGCAGUUCGAGGAGGAGGACGACGAGGCCGGUAGCUCGUACGUGAAGGAGCUUCCCGCUCACGCUUGCAAAUACUGCGGCAUCCACGACCCGGCCACGGUCGUCAUGUGCAACAAUUGCCGCAAGUGGUUCUGCAACGGACGCGGCAGCACUUCCGGCUCGCACAUCAUCAACCAUUUGGUGCGGGCGAAGCAUCGCGAGGUGACCCUGCACGGCGAAGGACCCCUGGGCGAGACCAUCCUCGAGUGCUACUCGUGCGGCGUUCGCAACGUCUUCGUGCUGGGCUUCAUCCCCGCCAAGGCCGACUCUGUGGUCGUGCUGCUCUGCCGGCAGCCGUGCGCUGCCCAGAACUCGCUGAAGGACAUGAAUUGGGACCAGGAUCAGUGGAAGCCCCUGAUUGCCGACCGGUGUUUUUUGCCCUGGUUGGUGAAGCAGCCCAGCGAACAGGGCCAGCUCCGGGCGCGCCAAAUCUCGGCCGCCCAGAUCAACAAGUUGGAGGAGCUGUGGAAAGACAAUAUCGAGGCCACGUUCCAGGACCUAGAGAAGCCGGGUAUCGACUCGGAGCCGGCCCAGGUGCUGCUGCGCUACGAAGACGGCUACCAGUACGAGAAGACGUUCGGGCCGCUGGUUCGCCUUGAGGCCGACUAUGACAAGAAGCUGAAGGAGUCGGCUACCCAGGAAAACAUCGAGGUGCGCUGGGACGUGGGCCUUAACAAAAAAACCAUCGCCUACUUCACGCUCGCUAAGACCGACUCGGACAUGAAGCUGAUGCACGGCGACGAGCUGCGCCUGCGCUACGUGGGCGAGAUGUACAAUCCGUGGAACGAGAUCGGACACGUGAUCAAGGUACCGGACAAUUUUGGUGAUGAUGUCGGCCUCGAGCUGAAGACCUCUUCAAACGCUCCUGUUAAGUGCACUAGCAACUUCUCGGUGGACUUCAUCUGGAAGUGCACCUCCUUUGACCGCAUGACGCGUGCGCUGCGCAAUUUUGCUAUGGACCGCAACUCGGUAUCCAACUACAUCUACUCGCGUCUAUUGGGCCACGGCCGUCCAGAUGCUAACGACGAGGUGCUGUUCAGGGGCUCGCAGCCCAAGCUCUAUAGCGCCCCGCAUCUGCCUGACUUGAAUCGCAGCCAGGUGUAUGCUGUGAAGCACGCCCUACAGCGUCCGCUCUCGCUUAUUCAGGGACCGCCCGGAACCGGAAAAACGGUGACCUCGGCCACCAUCGUGUACCAACUGGUGAAGCAGCACGGCGGCACAGUGCUGGUGUGUGCGCCCAGCAACACGGCCGUGGACCAGCUAACGGAGAAGAUCCACCGCACAAACCUUAAAGUGGUGCGUGUAUGCGCCAAGAGCCGCGAGGCCAUCGAUAGCCCCGUCAGCUUCCUGGCGCUGCACAACCAAAUCCGCAACAUGGAGACCAACUCGGAGCUGAAGAAGCUUCAGCAGCUGAAGGACGAGACCGGCGAGCUAAGCUCUGCAGAUGAGAAGCGCUACCGUAGUCUGAAGCGCGGCACCGAGAACCAGCUCCUGGAGGCGGCCGACGUCAUCUGCUGCACAUGCGUGGGCGCCGGAGACGGGCGGCUGUCGCGCAUCAAGUUCACUUCUAUCCUGAUCGACGAGUCUAUGCAGUCCACGGAGCCAGAGUGUAUGGUGCCGGUGGUGCUGGGCGCCAAGCAGCUGAUCCUCGUGGGCGACCACUGUCAGCUGGGACCGGUGGUCAUGUGUAAGAAGGCGGCCCGUGCCGGCCUCUCGCAAAGUCUGUUCGAGCGCCUAGUGGUACUGGGCAUCCGUCCGUUCCGACUGGAGGUGCAGUACCGCAUGCACCCCGAGCUGUCCCAGUUCCCGUCCAACUUCUUCUACGAGGGCUCGCUGCAGAACGGCGUCUGCGCGGAAGACCGCCGCCUUAAAUUGGACUUCCCGUGGCCACAGCCAGAGAGACCAAUGUUCUUCUUGGUCACGCAGGGCCAGGAGGAGAUCGCUGGCUCCGGAACAUCGUUCCUUAACCGCACAGAGGCGGCCAACGUGGAAAAGAUCACGACACGAUUCCUCAAGGCGGGGAUCAAACCGGAACAAAUUGGAAUCAUCACGCCUUACGAGGGCCAGCGCGCGUACCUGGUGCAGUACAUGCAAUACCAGGGCAGCCUGCACUCGCGACUCUACCAGGAGAUCGAGAUCGCCAGCGUUGAUGCGUUCCAGGGCCGCGAGAAGGACAUCAUCAUCAUGUCGUGCGUGCGCUCCAAUGAGCGCCAGGGCAUCGGUUUCCUUAACGACCCGCGACGUCUCAAUGUGGCCCUCACUCGGGCUAAGUACGGCAUCAUUAUCGUGGGCAAUCCCAAGGUGCUUGCCAAGCAGCAGCUCUGGAACCAUCUGCUCAACUUCUACAAGGACCGUAAAGUGCUCGUCGAAGGGUCACUAAACAACCUCAAGGAGUCGCUCAUCCACUUCCAGAAGCCCAAGAAGCUUGUUAACAGCAUGAACAUCGGUGCGCACUUUAUGUCCACCAUGAUAGCCGAUGCCAAGGAGGUGAUGGUUCCGGGCUCUAUUUACGAUCGGAGCGGCGGCUACGGCCAAGGCCGCCAGAUGCCAGGUCAGAACAUGAAUGGCGGCCAAUUCGGCGGCGGUCCCUACGGCGGCUCGCCCCUUGGCUACGGUGCCCCUAGCUCCAACGCAAUGAUGGGCUUUGGCCUGGGCACGGGCGGAAACGGUGCUGCCGGUACCAACAACAACUUCGGAGGCGCCGGCGGCACGGGACCCAGCUGGGCGGCUGCUCACCUGCACCACGACUCCAUUGGCUACAUAUCCAGCGAGCACGGUGCGGCAGCCCUGGGCAACAUGCCCGUCCCCGUUGGCAUGUUCAUGAACAUGAGCAAUCUUCCACCGCGGUUCUACAACCAGCACCAGCAGGCGAUCAUGGCGGCCAAGCAGAAUCGGGCCAUGCAGCAGCAACAGCAGUCGGGUAACUUCUCCUCUGUGGCUAAUGCAGGAGUUGCAGUCGCUGGAAUUGGAGGUGGAAGUGGAGGUGGGGCAUCCUCGUUAGCCGGCAGUAAGAAGACCCAGAAGCCGGGAAAAUCGCGUGCAACGGCUGGCCAGGCGGGUGGAGCACCGGCGGCUGGAGGUCUUGGCGGACAGAUGAGCACGGGAAACGCCACCACUCCAUUCAGUCAGCAGCCGGCACCUUUGUCGCUACAGAUGACGCAGCCCAGCGGAUUCGCUCUUUCCCAACAGCCGGAGCUUUCGCAGGACUUUGGGCAAAUAUCGCAGAUGGAUGGUUUGCUCUCCCAGGAUGUGGCCUUCAACGUGUCGGGCGAACGCAGUUUGAACCAGUUCUCACAGCCUUAUUGAGAAUCCGGCUGGAGGUGCACCAACUACAAACGAUUACAAGCAACCCAAACGAAACAACAACAAACUCAACUUUGAAGUCAUCAUCAAGGAGUAGCAUCAGUAGGCAGCAGGAACCAAGCAAAGAGGACUAUCACGGGAACAACGACAGAUGCGGGAAACAGCGCGACCUAGGAACAUGAGUACGAGCGGGACAUUGAAGACGGCGGGACGAGACAGUGAGAGAGACGGAGAUGGCGAGAUGAGGAGUGUGUUUCGGAGGCGGAGAAAUGUCGAGAGAUCGAGAGCACAUCAGUGUAGGCUGCCAGGAUGCACUGCAGCCACUGAACCACGCAGAUGUUCCCGAAUCGCCGCGGGCCAUGAAGUCAUGGCCAGGCGACUGGCCACUGGCCACGAGUGCGCUCCGAAGGAGUGCGCCCACGAAUGAGCCAACCAGCCAGCAAGGCGCCACACCAGAUGCCCUUGAAAUGACUAUGGACAACUUCUCGACACGUUUCCUUUGUUUUGCCAACCAGGAUUCGCAGCCGGAGCCUUAAACGCAGACGCAAACGCAACCACUCCCGCCCAGGACACGUAUUCACCAAGUGGCUUACCUUCCAACCUUCUUCUGGCCUCCAGUGCAGCGGCCAAUCUUUUGCUCCUGUUCUAACCUUAUUCCCCAAACGGUUUACUCACACCGACCCCAUGCUCACCGUUGUACAUUUCGUAAACUUUUGGACUCUUUUGUUUUCUGUAUGCAUUUGUUAUCCUAACAAACACACAAAAAAAACCAAACAAAAAAAAUCAAGACGAAACAAAAUCAAAUUCAAAAAUAUGGAGACACAAUUUUUAAUCGCACGGGAACGCUGGCGCCCCCAAAGCGGAUGCAACUUUCCAGCGCAGAUUGGAAAUCGGAUGAUUGAUAAAGGAAACGCGUUGCAAUUUUCCGACCUUAAAUACAACAAUACACACACAGUAAUAAACAUACCGAACCGAAAAAAGGAGGACUAUGAUCAGAAAAGGUUAAUAUUAAUUAAUAUUAAUGCAGUUACAGAUGCCUGUUAAUUGUUUUUAAAACGAUAUGAAAAUGGUAUAUUUUUUCUAUAUAUUGUGAGUUAAUUCUUUCCCCACGCAAACUCUUUGAUUCAAGAAAAUGAAACAUUUUUUUUGAAAUUCUUAAUAAAGAAUUUAAGUUUUCCCUUGCGAAAAACAAA